AUGCUUCAACAACAUUCUCGUCUAUCAAAUAGUGAUGAUGAUUCCGGUUGUGCUUUGGAAGAAUAUGCUUGGUGUCCACCGGGUCUUAAAGCAGAACAAGUUCGACAAUUUUUUAAAUGUUUUCCUGAAGAUAAAGUCCCAUUUCUUAAUUCAAUUGGUGAAAAAUAUCGAACGAAAAUGCUUGAAGAACAAUUACCUCCACAUGAUUCUGAUCCAAAAUAUUGUCGUUCAUUGAAUGAAGAUGAAAAAAAUGAAUUAAGAAUAUUCAAUGAACAACAACGACAUAAUGCACUUGGUCGUGGUUCUGCUAAACAAUUACCAUUGACACAAUCACCGAUACCUUGUCGUGGAUGUCAAAAAUUGAUUGACUCAGGUUCGAUAUGUGUAUUUGCCGAACGAGCCGGUCGUACUGGUCUUUGGCAUCCAGAAUGCUUUACUUAUGGUCAACUUUAUUGUGGACGACAUCAUGCUGAAUUAUAUAAACCACGAUGUACAGCAUGUGAUGAAAUCAUCUUCGGUGAUGAAUGUACUGAAGCCGAAGGUUAUAGUUGGCAUAUGGAUCAUUUUUGUUGUUCAAAUUGUAAAAAACGUUUAGGUGGUGAACGUUAUGUUAUGCGUCAAACUCAACCAUAUUGUUUAAAUUGUUUUGAAACAAUGUAUGCUGAAUAUUGUGAUACAUGUGGUGAACGUAUUGAAACUGAUCAACCACAAAUGGCACAUGAAUCUCAACAUUGGCAUGCAACAGAUACUUGUUUUUAUUGUUAUACAUGUCGUAUACCACUUCAUAAUCGUGGUUUUUUUCCACGUUAUGGUGCAUUGUUUUGUUCAAAUGAAUGCGCAUCACAACGAAAUAAUCGUUUAAUAAAUACAAAAUUAAUUCAACAAAACAGAUUUCAUCAAAGUCCUGAUAUUAUACCAACAUCAUAUACACAUACAAAUCAACAUGUUACAAUUAUUCCAGCACGUCCUAUAACUACAAAUCAACAACAAAAAAUUAUAUCAAAUCGACGAACAAAAGAACAAACAGGUUAUGUAUCAGAUGGAGCUGGUGUUCAAAAAUAUAAACGUGAUUAUAAUAAUGGUUAUUUAUCUGAUGGUACUGGUAGUCGUCGUUAUAAUCGUAAUCAUCAACCACAAGUAUUUCUUCAAUAUCAAUCAUCUCCUAAUUCAAUAUUAUCAAAUGAUCAUCAUGAAAAACAAAAAUUAAAUAUAACAAGAAGUCGUUCACGUGAACCAAUACAAUUUUAUAAUGAUUUAAAUCUUGAGCAACUUGAUCGUCAUGGUGCAACACUUGAAAUUGCACGUUGUUCAACAUCAAAAUCAUCACGUGCAUCAUUACCUGAUUUAAGUCAUAAACCUAUAUCAAAACCAAAAAUAAAAACUUAUCCAACAAUAUCACAAGAAACAUUAGUUGAACAACCAAAUCGUUUAAAAAAUUUUGAUUCAAAUGAAAUUAUGUAUCCUAUAUCAAGACCAAAAUCAACAGCUUAUUCAACGAUAUCAUCACAAUUUCCACGUUCACGUUCAUUAAAUGGUUCAUCACGUUUUACAAAACAACAUCAUGUUCGUUUUGUUGAUGAUGAAGAUAAAGAAAAAAUUUAUAAACGAUCACCAACAAUGAGUCAUAAAUCAUCAAAGAAAAAUAUUUCAACAAUACGUCGAUCAUCUUCAUCAUCAUCGUCCGAAGAUGAUGAUGAACACGAUGAUUUUAAUUCAAUUUAUCAUCAAUUUGAUAUACAUGGAAAUCGCAUUAGAAAACCAAUGAAUUAUGGAACAAAAAUAAGUUAUGUUGAUGAAUGUGGUAGUCGUGGUACAAAUACAAUAAAUCCCGCAUUAAUGAAAAAAUCAACGACAUUAAAUAAAAACGAUAAGAAAUCAAAUGGUGGUCGAAGGAAAAAAGAUUGUAUUAUUAGUUAA